AUGGAUGAUGCUGUGGUGGCUAAUCACAGUUUUGAUGUUCCCUCCAUGCUGGCCAGGGACUUCAACAAUGUCAUGCUGACCAAUGAAUCCAAUGUCAUCAAUGUGUGUGGUAUGCUGGUGUGGAUUCUCGUUGGUGGUACCGAUUAUUUUCAUCUGUCGGCUCUGUGCUGGGUGAUGUUUUCCUCCAUCCUGCUCUGGAUUCUGACAGUUUUUCUCUUCAUCAUUUACCUUGCUGGAGUCCAUCACAGAAUACCCCGGGUCCCCUGGACUACACUGGACCUGUGCAUGCACUGCAGUGCCACAGUCUUGUAUCUGGUGACAGCAGUGGUAAAUGCACUGUCUGUCAAACAAGCCACCAGGGGGCGACACAACUACAACUGCUGGGCAGCAUCAGCAUUCUUUGCAUCUCUCACCACACUCUGCUAUGCGGGAAGUGGUUAUUUGAGCUACCGGGUCUGGAAAACCCAAGAAGAGGAGCAGGAGUUCCACCGCUUCCUGCUCUGCUUUCACAAUGUUCAAAACGUGAGCCGAAGGAUGGACAGCAACUGA